UCUCUCUCUCUCUCUCUCUCUCCCCCUCCUCCCACCCCAAUGGUUCCUCUCUGCGCUUCCAAACUCUCCCUCCCCCCUUCUCUCUCCUCCCCCAUCUCCUCUCUCCUCUUCGACCCACACUCCCUCUCUCUCUCCCUCUCCCACCCCGACUCCUCCCUCUCCCUCUUCCCCUCUCUCUCCCCCUCCCCCCUCUCUCUCCCCUCCCCCCAAACCCUAAUCCCCCCUCCCUCCUCCUCCUCCACCUUCCUCCGCCUCCAAAACCCUACCAACCCCACCACCACCACCCUCUUCCUCGUCUCCUCCCCCCUCCGCGGCGGCUCCUCCGUCCUCCUCCGCUUCUACACCCUCCUCAAAAUAACCUCCCAAUUCGCUAAAACCCACGUCAUUUGCAAUCAAACCGGGUUAAAUUUCGACGAAAACAAGUCAGGAGUGGUUUUCAAUGUCAGCCACGGCGUGUCGAUCAAGCUCGUGGGGUCGGUUAACGUUUUUGUUAUGUACUCGGUUUCGAAUGCGAAGGUUUGGGUUUUUGCAGUGAAGAUGAUGGAUGAUGAUGGGGUGAGUGUGAAGCUGAUGAAGUGUGCUGUGAUUGAUUGUAUUGUGCCUGUUUUCGCGGUUAGUGUUUCGUAUGGGUACUUGAUGUUGGGAGAGGAGAAUGGGGUUAGGGUUUUUGCUUUGAGGCCACUUGUGAAAGGGAGAGUUGUUAAGAGACGUCAAGGGGAGAUUAGGGAGUUGAGUAAUGGGAAAUUGGAAGGUCAAAGUUUACCGAACGGAGUGCAUCACACAAUCAGAACAAUUGAAGGUGAAGGGACUAUGGAGAUAUGUUCUAAUAACGGGUACUUGGAAUGGAAGAGUGAUAAGCAUUGCGAUUCUGUGAAGUUGAAGUCUGUAAAACUGGGACAAGACUCUAAAGGAGGGAGCACUUGUUUUGCGUCAUUUAAGAACAAGGAGGUUGACAGCUACAAACUUAGUAAGGUGCCAUUGCAGCCGGCAAAGGCAAUUUCCAUCCAGGCUUUGUCCCCGAAAAAGUUUCUGAUAUUGGAUUCAGUAGGACAGUUGCAUCUAAUGUGUCUCUCACUUCCUGUCGUCCCUGUCGGCGGGUCAGAUAUUCAUUGCCAUGUGAAGCAGUUAACCAACACCAUGAAAGUUGAAAAGCUGGUUGUUCUUCCUGACGUGUCAACAAGAACGCAAACUGUUUGGAUAUCAGAUGGAUGCCAUACAUUGCACAUGCUGGCAGUAUCUGAAAUGGAUACUUCUGUAGGAGAAAAAGAGAAUAAAGACAGCGAGGAAAAGCCUGUGGGGAUUUCAGUUAUUCAAGCCAUAUUUGCCUGUGAAAAGAUUGAAGAUGUGAUUCCUUUGGCUACAAAUGCAGUUUUGCUUCUUGGACAAGGAAACUUAUAUGCGUAUACAAUUUCAUGAAGAUAUUUGAGGGUUAUUCUAUAGUGCAUUUCAUUGCCUUGGCUGUUUAUUUUCCAGGGCAUUUAUCCAAGCCAGUUUACUUCCAAUUUUUGCCUGUUGAGGGGAUUCAGGGAUCACAAGUUAUGUUGAGGAAUUGGCUGAUCUGGUUCUUUCUGAUUCCCAUCGGUCCGUCUUUUAGCAUGUCACUCUAGUCAUGAGCUGCAGUUGUCUCUUAUAUAUUGUGUUGUUCAUGACUCCAAGGCCACUGAGCUCUUGAAG